AUGGCCGAGGUAGUCAUAUCCUUCCUAACGCUUGCCCGCCACCUCCACCAUCCCAUCAUCCUCCGUCUAAACCAGGCAGAUUCCCUCCAUGGCUACCUGCUCAACGUCGAUCCUGAGACUCUGACCCUCAUUCUCGCGCAGGUGAAGGAGAAAGUUGAAGACAGUGACCAUGCAGAUCAUCAGCUUGGCGGGGUUGGGAUGGACUUGGGGGAACUGGAGGACGGUGGAAGAGGAGGCCAGGAGCUGGGUUUCGUAGAGCAGGAGGAUGAAAGAAUCAGCGGCAGUACAGGCCAAGCGGAAAACAGUGGGAACCAUCAUUCAAACUUUGCCGAGGAUGACUACUCACUCAUUAUCGUCAUGCGGCAUGCCGUCGUCGGUGUCGAAGCUGAUCAAUACGCAGACCGUGGGCCCACCCCACUCACCGAAUUACAAGUCACCAAGCUCCUAAGCCAAGUCUCAGCAAGCCCCACCAACACCGACACUGACAUUGAAACCGCACGACGCAGCCUGGUAGCUCAUCUACACAGGAACAACAUCCACGCAGGGGAUCAGGCGGAUCCGAAUGUGAUUAGCAUCCUGAGAGGCGCGGUGAAGAUCCACCCGCCGUACAGUGCGGCUUGUGUGGACGUUGUCGGUGGAGAUGAGAUGGUUGGGGGGCAGGUGCGCAAGGUGGUGGCGGAGUGGUGGCGGGAUGGGGUUGGGAAGUCGGGACCGAUCAUUCUCUCCUAG